AAAAAUGCGCGCGACUGAUCGCACGUGACUCCCAACCAUCGAAGUCAUAACCUGAAAAUCUGAAAACUUAACCAUUUCCCGAUUUUUCUCAAGAAUUUACAAUCUCGUAUCUUUUUGAAUUCUUUACGAAUAAAAAAUCAAGUUUCCAAGGUCUAACGUAAAGACAAAUAUUUAGAAUGUAAUUUUGUUGAGGAAGUACCUAAAAUUAUAUACACAACAAUUGGGGUAAACUUUUGAGGGCAGUUGACAUGAAAUCAAACCAGCACGUGUUCAAGUGACAAUAACAAUAAAGAAACAAAAAUGCUUCGAACGGUGAAUCCGUUCGGUAAAACGGGCCAGGCUAAACAUCUGGAUCCGAAUCGUCUUAUGUUUUCAGUAUUUACUGCAAACGAUAUAAAAAGUUUAAGUGUCCUCAAGAUUUGUACACCAUUGUCCUUCAACGUGUUGGGUCAUCCGCUCAAAGGCGGUCUUUACGAUCCUGCUCUAGGUCCGCUGAAUGACCAUUCAGACCCUUGCGGGACAUGCGGAGAGGGGCCUCUCUACUGUUCAGGCCAUUUUGGACACAUAGAUUUACCUGUACCAGUAGUCAAUCCAUUGUUUCACAAAGUUUUGUGUACUUUGUUGAAACUUUCAUGUCUGAAAUGUUAUACCCUCCAAAUACCUUCGUACAUCAAGCUAUUGUUGAAUGGAAAACUUCGUUUGAUGGAAGAAGGCUUUUUGAACGAAGUUCAAGGCUUGGAACAGGAGGUUCAUUCCGCCGUCGCCAACAUGAACCAGGUCACUGAGGCUGAACUGGAAUUCAUCUCAGAUAUCAUUGAAACUUACAUAGAAACAAUUCGCAACCAAAAGCGCUACCUGCAGAGUAACAAAACCGAAGGAUCUUUCAGUGCUCGUGUUUUAAACAUGGAAUGGCACAGUUACAUUGAGUCUGUACUCAAAAACUACAAGGCAGGCAGAAUGUGCAUCAAUUGUCACAACCCCAUUCCCAGAAUGACUGUACUCAAGAACAAAAUUCUCAUCAAUCAACCAGCUCUCAACGAUGACACGAUGAUGGCGAAUCGAGUUAUUCACAGAUUGGAAACAACAUACGUAAUGCCAGAUCAAUCGAAGAAAAAUCUCCGUGGAUUAUGGGAACAGGAAGCAGAUAUUUUAAAGAUAAUCAUUCCGUGCCUGGGAUUAGUUGAUCUCGAGUGGCCGACGGACAUUUUUUUCUUUGAAGUCAUACCAGUACUCCCCCCGAUCGUUCGACCUGUCAACAUUCUCAACAGUCAAUUGGUUGAGCAUCCGCAGACUCAAGUUUAUAAAUCAAUUAUUCAAGAUUGCCUCGUCCUCCGAAACAUCAUUCAAACAAUACAAGACGGUGAUACGCAUCAACUUCCCGAAGAAGGCCGGGCAGUGUUCGAGGGAAUAAGAGGAGAGAGCGCAGCGGAAAAAUUGCAUCACGCCUGGACAUCGUUGCAAUCGAACGUGGACCAUUUGAUGGAUCGCGAGCUGAGUAAAACGACGGAAUCGGCAAAUUGUCAGGGUUUGAAGCAGGUGAUAGAGAAGAAAGAGGGUAUAAUUCGGAUGCACAUGAUGGGUAAGAGGGUGAAUUAUGCAGCGCGUUCCGUAAUAACACCGGAUCCAAAUCUGAACAUCGACGAGAUCGGUGUGCCGGAAGCGUUCGCUUUGAAACUGACAUAUCCGGUGCCGGUUACGCCGUGGAACGUGACGGAGUUGCGUAAAUUGAUAAUGAACGGACCGGAGGUUCAUCCGGGAGCUGUGAUGAUCGAGGGCGAGGAUGGAUUCGUGAAGCAUCUUCGAGGCGAUGAUAAAACGCAGCUGGAGGCGAUAGCGAAGCGCCUUUUGACCUCAAGCUCGCGAAAAACGUUCAACGGGAUAAAAAUCGUUCAUCGGCAUUUGCAAAACGGUGAUAUGCUGCUGCUAAAUCGUCAACCGACGCUUCACAAACCGAGUAUAAUGGCCCACAAAGCACGAAUACUGAAAGGCGAAAAAACUCUGCGUCUUCAUUACGCCAACUGCAAAGCUUACAACGCUGAUUUUGACGGAGACGAAAUGAACACUCAUUUUCCUCAGAACGAGCUGGCCCGGAGCGAAGGUUAUUUCAUAGCGAACGUCUCGAAUCAGUAUCUCGUACCAAAAGACGGCACUCCGUUGGGAGGUUUAAUCCAGGACCACGUUAUUUCCGGUGUGAGAUUAACGCUCCGCGGUAAUUUCUUUAAUCGCGAGGAUUAUAUGCAAUUAGUUUAUUCAGCGAUUGCUGACAAGACUGGGGAGCUCGUACUCUUGCCCCCGUCAAUUCUGAAACCCGCUCGACUGUGGUCCGGCAAGCAAAUCAUUUCAACGGUCAUUCUCAACUUGACACCUCGAGGAAGAGCACCCAUAAACCUCGAAGCGUCCGCGAAAAUCGCUCCCAAGGAUUGGCAGGUUAGGAAAGCUCGGAGAUGGAAGUGCGGCGAGGAGUUUACGGACCAGCGGACGAUGUCCGAGGCGGAAGUCGUCAUACGAGGGGGUGAGCUGUUGUCCGGCGUCCUGGACAAAACUCACUACGGAGCAACUCCCUACGGUCUCAUCCACUGUCUCUUCGAGCUCUACGGCGGCACUUGCUCCAGCAAAGUCCUCAGUGCUUUCGGUAAACUUUUUCAAACUUAUCUGCAGAUUUCCGGAUUCACUCUCGGGGUAGAAGACAUUUUGGUCGUGCGAAAAAGCGACCAGAAACGCCGAGACAUCAUCGAGACCUGCCGGCAGAUCGGGGACCAGAUUCAAUCGUCGACCCUCGAACUUGACCCCGACUCGAGCGAGGAACAGCUCAAAAGUAAAAUGGAAGAAUCGUACGCCAAAGAUCCCAAGUUCCGAGCUGUCGUUGACAGAAAAUACAAAAGUGCUUUGGAUGUCUUCACCAACGACAUCAACAAAACCUGCCUCCCGGCUGGACUGCUGAAAAAAUUUCCGCACAACAAUCUCCAGUUGAUGGUGCAAUCGGGCGCCAAAGGUUCGACCGUCAAUACUAUGCAAAUAUCUUGCCUCCUGGGGCAAAUAGAACUCGAGGGUAAGAGGCCACCGCUUAUGAUAAGCGGAAAAAGUCUGCCAAGUUUUCCGGCCUACGACUCGAGUCCGCGUUCCGGUGGCUUCAUCGACGGGCGUUUCAUGACCGGGAUUCAACCCCAAGAAUUUUUCUUCCAUUGCAUGGCAGGUCGUGAAGGUCUGAUCGAUACCGCCGUUAAAACUUCUCGUUCUGGUUACUUACAGCGUUGUUUGAUCAAACAUUUGGAAGGAUUGACGGUCAAUUACGACUCGACGGUGAGAGAUUCCGAUGGGAGUCUCAUUCAGAUGUGCUACGGCGAGGACGGUCUCGACAUCCCGAAUUCGAGGUUCCUGAGGAAAGAAGAAAUGGACUUUCUCGUGGAUAACCGUAAGGCGAUCGUGGAUCCGGCGUUAGUGGAACACUUGAAGGACGAGACGACAGAAAAAAUCCGUAAGCUGAACAAAAAAAUUCGCAAAUGGAGAGCGAAACACGGCGACACCUGGACCAAAUGGCGAACGAGCGGAUUCGCCAAGUUUUCUGUCCUGAAUAACAAUCCAGCGAGCUCGAAACAUCGACAAAUCAGCUCGAACUGCGGACGCAGCAAAGCGGCGUUGUCGUUGAUGAAAAAGUGGAUCAAGGCCGACGAGGAAGUCAAGAAAAGGCUGAAGGACGAGUGCGCCCGGUGCCCGGACCCGGCCAGCUCCGUUUAUCGUCAGGAUCUACAGUUCGGCGUGCUCACCGAGAAAAUGGAGGCUCUCAUGGAAGAAUAUCUGAACGAGAAAUCCCGGAGGUUUACGACUUCGAUCGGGAAAGAAGAAGUCAGAGAUUUAUUGUGCACCAAAAUCAUGAAGAGUCUGUGUCCCCCGGGAGAGCCGGUGGGUCUCCUGGCCGCACAAUCGAUCGGUGAACCCUCCACGCAGAUGACCCUCAACACUUUCCAUUUUGCUGGUCGUGGUGAAAUGAACGUAACUCUCGGAAUCCCCCGAUUGAGAGAAAUUCUCAUGAUGGCUUCGAAAAACAUUAAAACACCGAGCAUGGAAAUCCCUUUCAAAAAACAUUUGCCCAACGUUGAGAAUCAAUCGAAGAAAAUGCAAUUGAAGCUUACCAAAUGUUACCUUUCUAACGUCCUCAGGAACAUUAAACUCGAGCGAAAGUUGGAAGAGAAUCCUCAGCGCCAGCUCACUUUCACCGUCACCGUUAAUUGUCUUCCUCACAGAAGUUACAAGCACGAGUAUUGCGUCAAGCCUCGUAACAUUUUGGAGCAAAUUGAGAGGAGCUUUUUCAAACUUUUCUUCCAGUCGAUAAAGAAGCUCGGUAAAUCCACAGGGACUUUGCUACACAUUGAAGAAGAAAAAUCCACGAGUCGCGACGACGACGCGAUGCUCGACAUUGGCGAACCCGACGAACCAGACACCAAACCAAGUCGAUCCGAUCUCGGUGAGCUACACGAAUCCUCCGACGAAGAGCAAGCUGCCGAAGACGCUGACGCCACCGCCUCUCGAUCGAUCUCGAGACAUCGCGAAAAUCAGGAAUACGAAGAUCCCGAAGAAGAGGAAAUGGAAGACGCUGCACCUCGGGAACCCGAGGACGAUGAAAAACAUCAAAUUCCUAACGACACACCCGAAGACGAGGACGACCCUGACGAACCCAUCUGCAUCGCUGAUAAAUUAAUCACGGAACAGAGAAAAAAGGACGUCGCUAAUAUGUACACUUAUGCUCUCGAUUACGAUUUCGAUAGCGAGAAAUUCUUAUGGUGCAAACUCAAAUUUUGGCUGCCUUUGCAGAUGAGCAAAUUGGAUUUGCCGACGAUACUCAGAACGGUGGCCGAGAAAGUUGUUCUCUGGGAAACACCCGCCAUAAAGCGUGCCUUCACUUUUCAAAAUCCUGAAGGGGAAACUGUGUUGAAGACCGAUGGAUUGAACAUUGUCGAAAUGUUCAAAUACGCUGAAAUUCUCGAUCUCCACAAGCUCUACACGAACGACAUUUACGGUGUGUCACAAACCUAUGGAAUUGAAGCUGCGAAUCGAGUUAUUUUAAAGGAAGUCAAAGAUGUGUUCAGAAUGUAUGGAAUUACAGUGGACACGAGACAUCUGUCCUUGAUUGCUGAUUACAUGACAUUCGACGGAACCUUUCAACCACUCAGCCGUAAAGGAAUGGAAGAUUCGGCCUCGCCUUUGCAACAAAUGAGCUUCGAGUCGUCUCUCAAUUUCCUCAAAAACGCGACUCUACAAGGCAAACAGGACAACUUGAUGUCACCUUCGAGUCGUUUAAUGCUCGGUCAACCUUGUAAAACCGGCACUGGAGCUUUCAACGUCUUCCUAAAAAUCAACAAUACCGCCUUGAUGACGUAACUUAAUUUUAUAGACGGAGCCGAAAAAUCUGGCAAUCAUGAAUAUAACAUUUACAUAUGUAUUAAUCUCUGAGAAAUUUCUGAUUUCACCAUUAUGUAAAUAUUCGAAAGUCUUCGCAAAAUGUAAUCUUUCGCAACCUUCCGAUGUUGCAAAUCCUUAAGCAAUUUACAAUUCGUCAGAAUAUCUUUUUAUAAAGUCAAACUUUUUUACCAGAUUUUCGAUAUCUUAGUUAGCAAUAAAUCAGGAAAAACUGUGUUUAAAGUCGAAAGAACUUGUGUGCGUCAAAUGAAACAAAAUGUUGCAACACACAAAUUUGAAAAUAUUGAUAAAAUCUCGAAAUAUUUAUUGAAAUAAUUUUCAAUACUGGGGAAAGUGAAAAAAUGUUUCGUUCGAAUGUGCUUUGAUCGAAUAUUUUGCUAUAUUUAUUCGUAUAUUUUUACAAGCCGAUGAUUUGCCAUUUCAAAUAUUGGUGUCAGCAAAACGGACAAUGAUUUUCACUCUGUACCAAGAAAGCAAGAAAAAAUUAUACAAAUGUGUGUUGAACAAUA